AUGCCAAGUCUCGUGGACACCUCAUCGGUGGUGCGGAUCGAGAGUGACCUGGCCGGUGACUUCACCUUGGUGCACGGUGGUAUCAACCUGUGGAUAGGCGAUGAUAUCUUCCCGCCCUUCCUUAGAUUCCGCACAUUUGCAUUGAAUGACAACGACAACGACAACGACAACGACCUCGACAACGACAACGACUACAACAAUUACAAUGACUACGACUACGACAAUGACAACAGCGAAGAAUUUUCCACCUUUGUCGAGGAUCACAUCAAGGAUGGCGUGGCCGUUGGUGUGAUUGUCGUCGGUUGCACCUCCCCGCCCUCAGACCGCGUGUGCAAGACGUUCGCCACACUAGGCGCCGUGGCGAUCAACAAGGUUGACACACUGACCACGCCAAACUACGCCAUGAUCGGUCGCAACGUCAGCCCUGUAUGCGUCAAGAGUGAUAUCUUUGACGUCGAGCCUGAAACCGACGACGACGAUGGCAUCAACCCGUCAGAUGACAUCGUGCAACCCCUCGGUCUGGCAAUGCCACUCCUCGCAAAACCAGAGGAGCCACUGAGCCUUCCCGAUUUUGUGAUCGUCAAGCUUGUGCCACCGUGGCUGACGGAUGACAUUGACGUGGCAGUCCUCAGUCUCACAUGCAGACGCUACUAUGACCUCCUUGGCAGACGCUGGAGCACGCCUGUCCAGGUGCCCGAUGGCCUCGCCCCGACACUACUCACAUUCACAUCGAAGCCAAAGGCACCCCCUGCAGCCAGGCGACAUCCCACCAACAAUCACGCGACUCGCGUUCGAGGAGACUUUCAACCUGCACAGAAUACUGCGGCCUGGUUCGCUGCCCCACUCCAUCACCGAUCUCGCUCUGGGCAGCACAGCGCUCACUCUCAUGGACAAAUACUAUGA